AUGCGUGACAGACGUUUGCUUGCACGUCGAAGCGCGGUGGAUGGCAACCCCGUUUCUUCUGUUGAGAUGCCGGCUCCCACGGAUGAUGAAAAAAAGGAGCGAUACAAACAUAUCAUGCGGGAACAUCGCCGUAAAGGUAUCAUACACUACUUCUUCUUUAUUGCCGUCACGUUAGGCAUCCCGCUAAUGUUAGUAUAUUACUUCACUCCGUUCUUUGUGUUUCAGCAUCUUCGAUGCCGUGCUGGGGACAAGUUUCUUCGGUCCGAUCGUACCGUGGAAACCAUCGAAAAUGAGUACACCAGUUACUUUAGAGAUCCGCCGUUGUAUCCUUCCGAUGCCUACAAUCUCUCGAUGUUUUGGGGUACGUACGAGCCGAGCCGUAUUUUUGCUAUGAAAAGCCGCUCAGCCCAGCCCGUUAUCGUGGGGAUCGCGUGGUACGACACGCCGGGAACGUAUAGCUUGCGGCACGUUAUGCCCUUCACGCACAACAAAGUUAGAGCCCCGCGCACCACGUACAAGGUUGGCGCGGAUCCAGAGGUGAUGAAAAUUCGUUGGAUUGCUCACGAUGGGAUUCAUUAUGGCAAGCAAAUUGUAGUGGAUGCGGCCAACAAGCUGCAGAUGGAAGUGGAAUUUUUAAAAAGUCCCUCUGGGAAUGCAUGGCAUGUUCGUGUGCAUGCCCACGUGGAAAGCCCGAUUGAGUUUGUGCUGUAUUUAGCUAACGCAGACGUGAGCGAAGCGGUGAGGAUCGAAGCCCCGAGUGUGCAUAACGACGGCGACUGGAGCCCCGUUCUCAAAAGCAAGCUUCUUAACCAUCGUCUUGAAAAGGAGUCUUUCAAAUUGCGUGUUUACGAUGAUCACAGCCCAUUUUACGACACGGCCCCAUGGCGUAUCUACGGCCUUCAGGCGGACCUCGACGACAGUUUUGCCCUCACGACGACGUAUACUGUCGGUGGAACGCCGGAUGAGCGUGCGAUGACGGCCGGUAGAGGCAUCGCGUUUGGGCAUCAAGCUCGCAAGCUGCAAGAGCAAAGGAUUGAUCUUCGAAACCUGCCCAGUGCGGCUUUCACCUAUAUCGAAACCGUCGACCCGCAGAGCUUUCGAUCGCCUGGUAAUCAUUUGGAGGCGGAUCAGGCAACCCAUAACAUGGUCGUACUGAAAAAAUUCUACAAUUCGGACUUCCGGCUGGAGCUUUCGCUGAGCCCCGCUCCUUCCGAGUCGGCGCCUGAAACGCAUGGAGCCGCUGCCGAAGGGGAGGCUGCCCAAUCCUCACGGCCGCAGUCGCCUCCGACCUACGAGAGGUUGUCUACCUGUCAGCUCUCCAAUAUCUUCCGUCGACGGGAAAAGGCGAUUGCGCGACAUAUGCGGAAUGUUUGCCGGUAUUGGGUGAACGGAUUCCGUGUGAAAGGGGAUUUGUAUCAGCACAUCCUCGCGCAGACCCUUGGGGAGACGUUCGGAUCCAUUUCCUUCACUGCCGGGCGCUAUCUCGAGCUCGAUGAGCGCGUGGACGAGGCGCAGGAUCAGCUCGGCGUUGCCCAGACGCUGUGGUCGGAGCAGCAGCUCAAACCCUCCCAUCAUCCCGCGAGCGCGAUGGCGGUGGUGGGCUCACGCACCGAUGAGGCCUUUGGGCAGCACGCCCUCACCGGACUCCCGCUUUUAUUCCUCCUGCGUUGGAAUAAAGAGGUGGCGAAGGACGUCCUCGCCUCGUGGCUGAUCGGGGCGCAAAACCCCCGGACGGGGUUCCUCCCUAACCGUGCGGGCUUCACCGCCGUCGCCCGCUCUCUGAUGCCGACGGAGUUGCGUUACGAACACCUCACCUUCGGCAGCCCGCCGACCCUGCUGUUGGGGUUACAGGAGCUGCUGAAUGAGAUGGCGCGCAAGGCCGCCCGGCUGCGUCGGGCGAACCCGCGGAAACGCCGCAACACCGAGGCCUACUUCAGCGAGGAGGUCGAGGCCGAUCGGCGGUUUCUCCAGGCCCUUCUUCCGGCGCUUCAGAGGUGGCGGGGGUGGUGGCAUCGGACGCAAUGCGGGGGCGCCACCCGCGAGCUCGCCGAGGGCUGUGCGAGCCGUCGUCCGCUCGAGGAAUGGCCCCGAGGGGUAACGGGGGAUCCGGCGGACCUCCUCCUUUAUCGCUGGCGCUCCCGCGACGGUUUCACCCUCCCCGCGAGCGGGAUGGGGGACUACCCUCGGCCCUUUUGCUCUGGGGCACACAUUCUGGAGGCGCAUGUGGAUCUCUUCGCAUGGGUGGCCCUCCUUAGCGAGCUCAUCUCACGGAUUGAGGUGCGGCAUCUGGGGCUGCCCGCGAGCGUCACGGUCGACUGGGAGGCGCACCUCGCCGCGGCGCACUGGGAUGCCGCCCGUGGGCGGUACGCGGAUCGCACGGGGUGUGGGGAUCACGACUUCUCCCCUUAUGUGGGCUAUGUCAAUCUCUUCCCAGUGCUGCUCGGGGUGGUGCGGCAGAAUCGGGAGAAGAUCCGCGCCACCUUUCAACUCGCGCGCGAGGCGCUACAGACGAAAUUUGGCCUCAUGUCGGUCUCUUUUGAUUCGGUGCGGCGAUCUAGGGAGGCGGGGCUGCCGCACCGAAACGUGUGGAUGGGGUAUGUCUGGCCCUCGGUGAACCUCAUGUUCCUCUACGCGCUUAAAUCGACCUACCUGGAUAUUCUCGCUGGUAACGAUUUUGGCAAGGAGAUGCAAAACUUUUAUUCGGAGCUGCGGUUAAACAUGGCGGAGACGAUACGGAAUGGGAACCGUUGGUGGGAAUUUUAUAACCCUGUUGACGGGCGUGGUGAGGGCAGUAAGACCUACAUCGGCACUCAGGCUCUUCUUUUAGGGAUUCUCAAUGAUUUUUCAUCCAAAUGA